AUGGCGGCUCUCAGCGCCCAGACCUUCACCCCUAAGGAGGAGACCGAGAUCCAGCAAUGGCUCACAACCUCUGAGCGUCUUGCUGCCGCUGACGGUGACAAGGCCUCGAUCCUCGAUACCCUCAACACUCACCUCUCCAGCCGCACCACUCUCCUCGGAGCCAAGCCCAGCAAGGCCGACAUCGCCAUCUACGAGACCCUCGCCCCCGUCGUCGCCAAGUGGUCGCCUGAUGAGCGCACUGGCGAGCAGGGACGCCCUCACAUUGUCCGCCACCUCGAUUUUGUCCAGAACUCUCCCAUCUUCGGCCUCGAGGUUGCUGAGAAGAUCGUCGUCGACCAGGAUGAUGUCCGCUACGUCAAGCCUCCCGUGGACGCCAAGGCCGAGAAGGAGAAGUUGAAGAAGGAGAAGGCUGCUGCCGCCGCUGCUGCUGCCGCUGGUGGCGCUGGUGUUGCUGCUGCCGGUACCACUACCACUCUUGUCGACCGCACCAAGGAGGCUGUCAAGGACCUUGCUGCUGAGGCCAAGGCCGCCAUCACUGGCGAGGAGAAGCCCAAGAAGGAGAAGAAGGAGAAGAAGGAGAAGCCUGCCAAGCAGCCCAAGCCCCAGCCUGUUGCUGCCGCUCCUACUCCUGCUCUUAUCGACCUCCGUGUCGGCCACAUUCUCAAGGCCGUCAACCACCCCGAUGCCGACUCGCUCUACGUUUCCACUAUUGCUGUUGGUGACCAGCCCAACGACGACACUACCGAAUACGAGGGCCAGGUCUGCCGCACCGUCUGCUCUGGCCUCAACGGUCUCAUUCCCCUCGAGGAGAUGCAGGGCCGCAAGGUCAUUGUUGUCUGCAACCUCAAGCCCGUCAAGAUGCGCGGCAUCAAGUCCUGCGCCAUGGUCCUCGCUGCUUCUCCCCGUAUCAAGGAGGGUGAGGUUGACGACCACAAGGGCCCUGUCGAGCUCGUCAGCCCUCCUGCCUCUGCCAAGGCCGGUGAGCGCGUCUACUUUGAGGGCUGGAAGGGUGAGCCCGAGGGUGUUUUGAACCCCAAGAAGAAGAUCUGGGAGAUGUUCCAGCCUGGAUUCACCACUACUGAUGACCUUCAGGUUGCUUUUGAUGCUAGCGUUGUUGAGGCGCUCGGCAAGACUGACUUGGGCAAGCUCGUUGUUGAGAGCGGCGGUGUCUGCACCGUCCCCUCUCUGAAGGGCGCCACCGUCAGGUAA